ACGAAAGAAGACCAAGAACCUGGACUUUACUUAAUAGUUUGUGAAUUUCAUUUACGCAUGCAUGAACAAUGAAUGUAACAAGUUAUAUUCAGGAACGUCAAUAUGGGUUGUCCAGGAGGAAGAAGAGUUCACAGAGGAAUAUGGAAAAGUUCCUGGAAAUGAAACUUUCGAAAUCAUUUGUUAAUAAGGCUGCUGAGAUAUCUGGGAAAUGUAGGGCCACUUUUGUUAUGCAGUUCAGUCCAGAUGGGACAAAAGUUGCAUCAACACAUGGUGAUCAUUCUGUCAGGGUUACAGAUAUCGCAACAGGAAAGUGUCUCCACACAUUACGAGGACAUCCUCGAACCCCUUGGAGCCUCGCUUACCAUCCCUCCUACAGUAAUAUUGUAGCCAGUGGAUGUUUAGGUGGUCAGGUCAGGAUUUGGGACCUUUAUGGUCAUGGUUGUGAAGUAUGGGACACAGAAAAUAAUUCAGUGGUCGCUGCACUGGCUUUUCAUCCGACUGACCAGGUUCUUGUAAUAGCUGCUGGUAACACUAUCUACUUCUGGGACUGGACAAAACCGGAACCGUUUGCCAAGUGUAGUACAAGCCAUGAUUAUGAAAGAAUCAGAUGGAUACAUUUUGACAGUGUUGGACAUACCCUUUAUACAGGGAUAUCCAACAAUACAUCUGUACAUAGAGACCAGUUGUCCAGUGUGUCUCACAUGGGGGAGGAACGGCCCCCACCCACAAGUCAACCAUCAAGAUUAAGCUCCGUGUACAAUAACAUUGUAAACUACUACCAGGACUACAGACGAGAUAGGCUUUUCACACAGUUAGGACCUGGUGAUGGUAUUGGGUUACCAAUAGCAACAGGUAUUGGAAGUAUGGUGGACAGGAAUGUUCCUACAGGACAAGGUUUUGAUGGUCUGCCUGACCUCCAUAAUGAGGGCUUAGUAAGACCUUUAUCACCUGGUUCCCCACCUAGACCACCUCUACCAGGAACCGAUGAGCCCGCGGUACUAGGACAGCCAGUUAGAGGUAGUGGGAAUAAUUUUGUGUCCUACGCCAGUCAAAUUGCCCAUGCAUUAAGACCGGCUGGCUACCAACCAAGUCCUGAAUUUGUAAGACGCCGAAGAAGAUGGCAGGGCAGUGAUUUUCCCAGAAUAAGUGUACAUGAAAGUUCUGGUAAUCUACGUCCAAGCACGCAGUCUGUAUUUGGCAGCUUGCCAGAAUCAGAAAGAGAACUCCUGUUGAAUCCAACAUUUGAUCCUUUCCUGUCCUCAAUAAACCAAGAUGCUGAAAACCCAUCAGAAGGCUUAAAUCCACUCACCAGUAACACUGAUAGGCAAAGAGUGGCAGCUUCAAGAAGAAUAACUAAUGAACCAUCUUUGAGCAGGCAUCUGUUACCAGCAAUUGAUAUAACGGAGGAAGUAGAAAUUCCACUUGAAGCUGUAACAGUCCAGUAUAUAAGGCCUCGGUCAAAUUCUGGACAUACAAAUAUAGUAUCAUCUGUGAGGGGAGAGUCAAAUGAUAGUACUGAAAUAAAUAGUGCUGUUAAUGAUGUAGACAGACCACUUAUCAAUAAUUCCAUUAUCAAUAACCAGAAUAGAUCAUGUAACGAAACCUCGAUAGCUAGGACUCAAAGUGAUAUAUUAGUUUCAAUGGCAGCCCCAUCCACUACACUUUUGUCGCGAUUUUUACAAAGACCGUCACAAAAACCAAGCGAAGCUACACCAACGUCGUCAUCUAUCACAUCAACAGAAAGUAAAGUAUUUCCUAGUAUUAGAGAAAGACUGCAAUUGUCAAUACCACUGUCAACAGAGACAACAUCUGCUAGUAGUAAAGGAAAGGUAACUCUAACACAGACCACGGGUAUACCAAAAGUUACUGUAAUUAUGAGCAGCCAUACAGAUACAGGUACCCAGAGGUCUUGUCCCGGAACAAAACCAUCAUCGAACUUGUCCCUGUCUAGUUUGAAUCAAACUGCUUUAAAUAUGUGUUCAAUUUCUAACAAUACUGCCAAAAAUGUAACUCGGGCUCCAUCACUGAGUGGCAACACUGGCUGUUUGAAAGUCAAGUCUGACCAAACAGGUGUUAAUUCAUGUACAACAACAACAACAACUACAGGUGCUAAUCUUAGAGCAUUAUGUACUUCUGUUAAUGAUGAUGCAAGUGCGUCUUUACCUAAAUGUGGUAGUGCUGUACCUUCAAGUAGACAGGCAAACAUUACGACUGUAUCUAGCCAAUUGGUUCCCCCAGUGGUAAUCAUUGUGCCAACCAUUGUAGCUAGUACAAGCAGCCAUUCUACUUUAUUUGAAAAUAUAUUCCACAACUCGAGCACUGUAACACAAACUGCUGGUGUAAAUUCUGGUAAUAGUUCAUCAAGGGGACGUAAUUACCUACCCUCGUUUCGUUCACAACCUUACAACUGGCAGAACAGAGGCAGAUACCUAUCUUUAAUGGGGCCAUACCUUCAGAGCAGAGGUAUGAAUCCCCCAGUGUCAGAAAGUUCUGCAUAUCAUCCUGAAGAAGUUUCUACUAUUGAAUCUUUACCUAUGAGAUCUCAAAGCUCUGGUCGUGACUCAGCUACACUUCAGUGUGAUCAAGCUUCUAGUGAUACUGAAAAUGAGCUUAGUUCUCAUCUGCGUCAGUCUGGAGCUUAUUUCUUACCAAUACCAGAACACCAGCGUCGAGCAACAUCAUCCUCAUCACAGAGGUCAUCUGGAAGUCUAGAUCGGAACACAGAUUCUUCUUGUCUGAGACAGUUUAACGUUUCAGCAGGUUCGGUUGAUAGUGCACAAGGUCAUUUGUCAAAUUCAGACAGUUCACAAGGUCGAAGGUCAGAUAGUGCUCAUAGUCAAAGGUCAAGGUCAGGUAGUGUACAAGGUCAGAGAUCUAGGUCAAAUUCCCAGGAGUAUGAAGUCGAAUUAGUGGUUGACCAAAAUGAGAAUUACACAACAAAUAGAAAUGUUCAUCCAGAUAUUCCUCAAAGGGAGGAAAUCGUUCACAGAAGUCAGGACAGCAAUAACAAUUCUAUACAUAUAUCCAUGAAUAAUAAUCAAGCAUUGAGCUCUAUUAGCCAAAGAGUUGAUCAAAGGAAUCACGAUUAUGUGCGAUUAAGGGAUAGCUUUGUGUCAAUGACCGAUCAGAUCGAGCGAGAGAUGAAUGAUUUAAACAGACGUAUUAAUGCAUUACGUGAUAGUUUUAGUGAAAGUAUUAGAUCGCUACGUCAUGAUAGACGUAGGUAUGAAACCUUAGAUGGUCACUUACCAGCGGAGACGGCUACUAAUUUAGGACCUCAUGAUGAACAUGAAGUUCGAGACCUUGCUGGAAUAGGAGCAACUGAUGCGCUGUCUCUACCUGGCGCUACUGGACUUGGUGCUGAUUCAGACCAUCUAAGUGCAGGUUCGGAUAUACCAGUAUCUCAACCCCCUACUCUACUAGAAACCUCUCUCCGGUCACAUACACAGGGGCGUAGGAGGCUGUAUGCUGGCAAUGUUUCAGAGAGCGAAGACGAGGCACCAAGUGAUACCCAUAAUUGGCGAACAUUACAGCGACACUACCUUCACCCACAUUAUUCCUCGAGUAUUCUCGACGACACAAUAAACCGACCAAAUAAUGUGAUACAGUCGGCAAUUAACCGAGCCAUUGCUGGUGCAUUUAUGGGAACUGGAGAAUCUGCAGUUGCCAACAAUAUCAUCAGUCAAACACACAGAAUACAGUACUGGGAUUUUUCGAAGUGCAUCAUUCCUGAUAUAAGUCAAAGUAAAAUAAACAUUGUUGUUCCACACUGUAAGCUACACAAUAGUGCCAGUGCUAACAUCUCUCAAGAUAACACAUUGUUAGCAACCUUUGUCCCCAACCAUCAUGGUUUCCCUGACAACAACAUUCUAGCAGUGUACUCUCUGUUACCUGGAACGAGGGGACAGUGCCUUUAUACCAAACAGUUUGGUCCAAAUGCGGUGUCUGUGAGUAUAUCACCCAGCAAUAGCUAUAUCCUGGUAUGUCUGGCAGCUAGACGUCUCUCGUGGGUCUUCACAAACCAACAGCUGGUUGCUCAUAUAUACAAACUUGAAAAGAAGCAAGCUGGAGAAAAAUCUAUGAAGCAUGUUAAGGAUGUAGAUCAUCUGUGUAGUUCAGAGGUUCGUACACACGUCAGUGGCAACUCGGCAAGCUGGCUACCACUGCCUGGCCAGGGACUGGUAUACGGUACAAACAGAGGUGAUCUCCAUAUUUGUAGACCAGGUGUGAAAAUAGUAUCUGGCAAGGCAAUCAUAGAAGGUUCUGAGGCCAGUCUUGAUGAGUCAGGAAAUGAAAGUAAUUUCCAGAGAUUGUUUGGACAGGUGCCCUGGAGAUUGUAUUCUAGUCCAAACAGAGUUAGCACAUCUACACAGACCGCAGGUGUUAGACGAUCAGCUGGUACCCAAACACCUCAGGACACUUAAUUAUAAGGCAGAACUUGAGCCAGGAACUGGGAACUAAGAUUUCAUUAGUGAUCUGGCCCCGGUUUUGAAUGUUCUGAAACUGGGGAAAAUCUCAAUCUCAGUUACUGAGUUAAGAAAAGUCUCAGAUUUGAUCUGAGAUAUUUGUCUUUGAGAACUUUAUUAAAAGCUGGGCCUGGGAUAGCCUUGUACCUUGAAAGAUCAUAUAUUAUUCGUAAUAAAGUCUCAUAGAUAUCAAUUGAUGAGGUAUAAUGUUAUAGUUGUAUAAUUCAGUGGAACUAAUUGGUGAUUAUUGAUGAAAAUAAUGUUGAUGAUGAUAUAUAUACAUGUGGAAAUAAUCUUUAUGAUGAAAUGCUAUUUAAAUGAUGAAACUGUUGUGAUUUUUUUUUCUUUCUACUAAAUCAGAACAUUUUGAAGUUUUCACAGUUUCAACAUAAGAGGUGCUUUUGUAUUUGAUAGAUGUUUUAAUUGCACUUAACCAUAGUUGAUGAUUCCUUCCUUAAACUUGCUUCUCUGAAUACUUAUUUCAUAAUUAAAUUUCAACCAUUUUUGUUUCAAUUUUUUUAUUUUAUAAUUAAAUUUCAACCAUUUUUGUUUCAAUUUUUUUAUUUUAUAAUUAAAUUUCAACCAUUUUUGUUUCAAUUUUUAUGCCCCCACAGAGUGGGAGCAUAUAGCGUUGCACUUGUCCGUCCGAGUGUCCGUACGUCUGUCCGUCCGUCUGUCCGUACGUCACGAAAUCUUGUGAACGCAACUCCUCUUAAACCGGAUGGCAGAUUUUGCUUAAACUUCCAGGGAUGAACGACCUUAAUGUGUAGAUGGUAGUAAAGGAAGGAAUUUUUGCUGCGACCAAAUUUAACAGAAUUAUGGCCCUUUGUUGAUUUUUUCACUAUAUACUAUGUAGAAAUUUUGUGAACGCAACUCCUCUUAAACCGGAUGGCAGAUUUUGCUUAAACUUCAAGGGAUGAACAACCUUAAUGUGUAGAUGGUAGUAAAGGAAGAAAUUUUUGCUGCGACCAAAUUUAACAGAAUUAUGGCCCUUUGUUGAUUUUUUCACUAUAUACUAUGUAGAAAUUUUGUGAACGCAACUCCUCUUAAACCGGAUGGCAGAUUUUGCUUUAACUUCCAGGGAUGAACAACCUUUAUGUGAAGAUGGUAGUAAAGGAAGGAAUUUUUGCUGCGACCAUAUUUAACAGAAUUAUGGCCCUUUGUUGAUUUCUAGUUUUCAACUUGUGGCACAUGUAGUCCAAAAAAUAUUUGACCUAAAAUCAUAAGAUUGACAGAACAGUGGCGUGUGGGG